AUGGGUGAUCCUUCGAAAUUGAUCGUUAUCGCAUUAAUGGCUUUAAUUGCCAUUGCCAGUUGCAUUGAACAAACAUUAUUGCAUCUCUAUUUUUAUUUUAAAUAUCUAAUUUUGGUUGACACUUAUAAAAAUUUCAUAAAGUGGAAAUUUCAAUUUAAUACAAAUUUCUUCUUUCCAUCCGCAACUAUUUUCCAGGAACUUGAGAAGUUUUUGAACGCCUCCAACAAGAAUGGCGCCAUACUCUUCAGCUUGGGUUCGAAUAUGAAAAGUUCCAACAUACAACCAGCCACGAUUCAAAUACUUUACAAAGUACUCUCCUCACUUGAACAAAAUGUGAUUUGGAAAUGGGAAGAUUUGGCAAAAACCCCAGGUAAUGCCUCGAAUAUAUUCUAUCAAAAAUGGUUGCCACAAGACGACAUACUCCCCCAUCCCAAUCUCAAAUUAUUCAUCACGCACGCCGGUAAGGGCGGCAUGGUGGAGGCCACUUACCAUGGUGUACCAAUGGUUGCCAUUCCAAUAUUUGCUGACCAACCCCUAAAUGCGGCCAAAAUAGUCUCUUCCGGUUAUGGAACACAGGUGGAUAUUAUGAAUUUGAAAGAAGAUGAUUUUAAGGCUGCCAUCUUGGAGGUGCUGAACAAUCCAGUGUAUCGGUAUAAUGUACGAAAAUUUGCGAAACUUUACCGCGAUCGCCCGUUGAGUGCUCGAGAGAGCGUUGUUUACUGGGUGGAGUACGUGCUGCGUCAUCAUGGUGCUGCUCACAUGCAAAGUCCACUGGUGCGCAUGAAUUUUAUACAAUCCAGUGGUUUGGAUGUCUUGUUUGCUUAUUUUGCGAUAUUAUAUGCGCUUUGGCGAUUGGCGAAGUUGGCGCUUGCGCAUUUAUGUGAAUUAAUUCGCAAAGUGAGGGGAAUUUUUAAGUCAAAGCGGGAAAAAUCGAAAAAGCAAUAAUUUAACCAAGGCUGCGCCUUGGAGUGAGUAAAAAAGAACUGUUGUUUUUGAACUAUAUUCCGAAUAAAAUUCAACGUUUUUCGGGUUUUUUUAAUUUUUAUAUAUGUACAUAUUUGUAUUUUUAUCAGAAUUCCUUAAAAUUUGAAUAUGUUUUCAGUUAUAAAGCAUAUAGAAAUGUUUUAAUACACAAUUUUUGUCUCAUUUCUAGUUAACCAUUAAAAAAUGUUUAUAUAUUAGAAAACAAAAUGUAUUUAAUUAAUGUAAUAAAAUUUUAAAACACUCGCUAGCUCCUCAAGCUUUUAUGCACCUUAUUGGACUUUUCCCUUAUUUUCGUGUAAAAUUCAAUUUUGUAGAAAUUUCAAAUAAAACAAUUGCUGGUCGGUUAGUAGUCGAAGAGGACAAAACGA